AAGAGCUGGGUGCCUGAAGUGGGACGGGCAAAGAGGGGGAACUCUGGCCCCGUCUCGUUUCUCCACUUCUAAUGAGCGCUCCGGUCAUGCAGGAGUAAAAGUCCAGGUGGAACAGUUCAGCGUCUUGCACACUCGCUUGCAAUGAAAGAGUAAGGAUUCUGGUGGAAACUGCGCAGGGAAUUACUUUAUUUUAACGCCUGGAGGACUAUUUUACCUUCUCAGGGUUGGGAGGUUAGACGAGGACACCUGGCUGACCUGCUGAACCAGCACACCACCCAUCAUGAUCAGAGCAUCGCUCACUGCCAUCUGCUUCGCGCUCCUCCUGUCCUGUGCUUGCUGGGCCAAGCCUAACGGAUCAAAGAACAAGAAACCAAAGCAAGUCGUUCCAGCCAUCGAGUGUGAUGUCAGAGCAGGAAAGAUCAAUCUCCCAGAGUUCAUAGCCAAAUGUCCUGCACACUGUAAGGAGACAAAGCAGCAGGUCUAUGGGACAGGCGUGUUCGCCUCCAUCUCCAGCAUCUGCAACGCAGCCAUCCACAGCGGCAUCAUCACCAACACAGGAGGGAAGGUGAUAGUCAAGAAGAUGGCCGGGCAGAACAUCUACAAAGGCAGUAACUCUAAUGGCGUGCGCUCUCUGUCUCUACCUAAGUGGAGGGAGUCGUUCGUCGUCUCAGUGGGGAAGCCCAAGAAAGGAAUGAUCUACCCGUCUACUCUGGACUACGUCCCUUCAAGACCAACCUAUGUGAAAACAAGUCAAAAGGAGGCCAAAACGCCUGCGGUCACCACAGCGCUGCCUACGACAACAACACCUGAACCCACCACGACUACAACACCUGAACCCACCACGACCACAACCACCACCACACUGGCUCCCACCACCACCCCCACCACUACACCUCCACCAGCGCCCACUACUGCCAAGCCUCGAGCUGCUGUCCAUAAAGUCAGGGAUGCAGGCAGCAGUCACCCAUACCUUGCCUCAAGAGGGUCACAAAAUGGUCAAGGAAAGAGUCCCAGUCAAGUAAUCAGAGGAAGUGGCUAUCCGAGUAGAUUCCCACAACGUGCCAGUGCAGGUCUGCGCAGACCAGAGGCAGGGUCAGUCAUCAGGAGACAACCAUCCUCUCCAGUCGGCCCAGCUUUUAACAGGGUUCAGCCGGCUCCACCCGAUCGGACUCCAAUCGUGAGCCAGUCAAACCCUGCUUUUCCCAGAAGGGAUUGGGCGACUCCCUCCUUUCCUCGUCCUGAUUGGUUCCCUGGGGCUCGACGACCAGCAGAUGUUAGUUAUGCAGCUCCAGACUCAGGAUACACAUGGAGUGAGACGGACACACCUGAGAUUACAGCUCGGGAUCACAGGCCUGAUAUCUCAGAAUAUGAGCGCUGGUUUUAUAACUUUGGACCGUACCUUCCUCGCACCACUGACUCAGAUGGCAACCGUAAAGUGCCAUUGGAUACAACCCAUACUAGAGUGGAGCCAGUGGAUGCCUGGAAGCCAGACGCAAAUCUUUAUGAAUCAGGCUUCAACGUGAGGGAGCAGGAACCUGUACCCAGAGCACCUGAGCCUGCAUCACAGGGAGACCCAAAUUGUAAGGUGGACCUGGUCUUCCUAAUGGAUGGGAGCUGGAGCAUUGGGAAGAGGCGCUUUAAGAUCCAGAAGGACUUCCUGGCUGAGGUGGCUCAGGUCAUCAACGUGGGUGUGGCUGGACCCAUGAUGGGCCUCAUCCAAUACGGGGAUGACCCUGUAACAGAGCUCAGUCUGAAGUCUUACACCAACUCCAGAGAGGUGAAGUCCGCCAUAGAAAAGGUUACGCAGAAGGGAGGCCUCUCCAAUGUAGGAAAGGCCCUCUCCUACAUCAACAAGCACUACUUCAGUGAUGCCAGUGGGAACCGAGGAGGAGCUCCUAACGUGGCCGUGGUGCUGGUGGACGGCUGGCCCACUGACAAGGUGGAGGAGGCGUCUCGGCUCGCUCGGGAGUCUGGCAUCAACAUAUUCUUCGUCACCAUCGAGGGCCCCGAUGACAAUGAGAAACAAAACCUGGUCGAGACCAACUUUGUUGACAAGGCCGUGUGUCGGACCAACGGCUUCUACUCCCUGCCCGUGUCCAGCUGGUUCGCCCUGAGGAAGGCCGUGCAGCCGCUGGUGAAGAGAGUGUGUGACACAGACCGCCUGUUGUGCAGCAAGACCUGCCUCAACGCCAACGACAUCGCCUUCGUCAUCGACGGCUCCAGCAGUGUGGGGACUGGCAACUUCCGCACGGUGCUGCAGUUUGUGGCCAACAUCACGCGGGAGUUUGAGAUCUCUGACACCGACACGCGGGUCGGAGCUGUGCAGUACACCUACGAGCAGAGGCUGGAGUUUGGCUUCGGCCAGUACAACAACAAGGCCGAGCUGCUCAACGCCAUCAAACGCGUCAACUACUGGAGCGGCGGGACCAGCACUGGCGCUGCCAUCACCUACGCCGCAGAGCAGCUUUUCAGCAAAUCCAAACCCAACAAACGCAAGAUCAUGAUCGUCAUUACUGACGGGCGCUCUUAUGAUGACGUCAGGGUGCCUGCACUGGCUGUCCAUCGCCAAGGUGUGAUCGCCUACUCCAUCGGCAUCGCCUGGGCGGCCCAGGACGAGCUGGAGUACAUCGCCACAGACCCCGACAAGGAGCACUCCUUCUUCGUGGACGAGUUCGACAACCUCUACAAAUUCGUGCCCAAGAUCAUCCACAACAUCUGCCAGGAGUUCAACUCCCAGCCCAGAAACUGAGGACAAACGGGUGGGGGGGUAAGGGGUUUUAACAGAACGCUGAUGGUAAAUUUACUCACUCUGUUGCCCAGAUGGCAGCGCUAUAUUGGCUGCAGCACCGCCAUAUUUGAACAGAGAGAGGUUUUGAAUUUAGGUGAGUAUUAUGGGCUUAAAGUAAAUCGGCAUUCGGUCCCAAAUAUACAGACGGUGCUAACGGUAAAGGGUUUGCAUUCACAGUGACGUACUGACAUCUCAUGUGCACUGUGGUUGUUCUCUAGUGGUGCCAUAAAGAGAACAGAGUAUUCCUAAACAUUUAAUUAUCGUACUAAUAAGUCAUCCUUUGUAAAGGGUUUCUAAGUUGGAACUAGGGGUUUUAAAUCAUUUACAUGCUUUUUCGAUCAGUUAUAAACCAUUGAUCAGAACAACAUUUGGGUUGUAAAAUAUCCCCUCCUCUGGCAUGGAACGUUUUAGCUUUAUAGUUCCCUUUUUAGUUGACCUCAGACCUUAUGGAAAAGAGCUGCAAAACAUCUGGACCAAAACUAAUUUAUUAGUAACUUUUCAGUGUUUACUAACUGCAUGUUUGAUGGAUUGAAUUUGUGACUACAAGCUUGUAAAAGCAUGCGCCAUACUGGAGGAGCCAAAGGGAUUUUUGGCAACCCAAAGUCCUCAAGUACAAAUAACAGAACCUUUACAGAGGGUGCCUUAUUAGGAAGUGGUACCAAAAUGAUUAACACACAUAAAGCUACCUUACUGGGAUAUGGUGCUUGCAGAUGUAGAUUUAAAGCAUGCCUAGCACUUCCUCUUACGGCUUAACAUACUUCAUAAACUUAAUAAUAUGGUGCUUUUUAUACAAUUCUCAGUGAAGAGGAUAUACUUUCUUAGAAUUGGUGCAUUUUAAUCUUCCUAAUAGGAGAGAUUUGAUAGUAGGGACAUUGUUAAAGUUCCUCUCAAAGACUAUAUGGUGCUGAUGUUGCUGUUGGUAUGAGUGGUAGUUGAAACGAGGCUUAUGUGGAAGGCAAAUCAACAACAAUAAGUGAACUUGUGUGAGGAAAGAGGAGCUUGUAUAUCUUUGUAUAGAGUGAUGGCAGAUCAUAAACGUGCUUCUCUGGAAGGAAAGCAAUUCAUCUCAUCACUCCUGUUUUCUAACAGUGUGGUUGCUUCUAACACUGCAGGCGUUUCUCCGUUUUGUUGAAAGAGUAUUUAUGAUUUUCUUCCUGUUGUGUCCUGUUUGUACAUAUGCAUAUUAAAAGCCUUUCGCUAAUAAUGUUCAUAAUUGAUCAAUAUUUUUUUUUUUGCAAUUUUUAAUAAAAUAAAUAAAAUGAAGAGAACUUAAA